AUGCCACUCCCUGCUCUGCUUAAAAUACCCACACAAAUAAAGAGAGUCCUGCUUUUGUCUGCGACUCACAGCUCUGCAAAAUGUUCAGCACCAGCUCAGGUGACAAGCACCCGUCUGGGUUUGACCUCAGCGACGGUUUUGGUCUGGGGGACGACCACGAUAACCAAGGCCGUCAUGGUGGAGGGGACCACCGCGAUGACCACAGAGGGAGGAAAGAUGAGGACCACGGUCCGAAGCCACGAAGCCACAGCCCUGAGUCUUCCAAGGACUCGGACCGCAAAGACCGAGACCACAGCCCAGACCGCAGGGACCGGGACCGAGACCACAGCCCAGACCGCAGGGACCGCAAAGACCGAGACCACAGCCCAGACCGUAGGGACCGCAAAGACCGAGACCACAGCCCAGACCGUAGGGACCGGGACCGAGACCACAGCCCAGACCGUAGGGACCGGGACCGAGACCACAGCCCAGACCGUAGGGACCGGGACCGGGACCACAGCCCAGACCGUAGGGACCGGGACCACAGUUCUGAACGCCGUCGCCAUAGAGACCACAGCGGGGGCCGGGGCAGCAGGGGCAGUGGGGGCAGUGGGGGCAGCGGGUGCAGUGGAGACAGCGGCAGUGACAGUGAUGGAGGCCAUGGAAAACAUGGCAAACAUAAGCACAAACACAAGCACGGACAUGGACAUGGACAUGGACACGGAUGGGGCCACGGGCACGGAAGAGGAGGCUGGUGAACGACUGAGCAAAGGUGAGUCUUUCUGUCUGCUUCUGUCUGCUUUGUUUUUGCUCUAACAUGAGGUUCCAGCAGAUGUAGCACCAAGUAUUCUGUGGAAAUGUAAUGAGAUAUCAGGUUAUUUCUUAUAGAAUAGAGUCAACAGUACGUUAGUCAAAUGUUUUUAGAUAAUAUGUUGAAAGGAGAUAUUUUGAUGGACGGAAUAGACCUCCGUAGCCUACACCUCAGUCUGGUUUGUUGUCUUACAGGCUGCAGAACCGUCCUGCAGAAGACUGAGAGAGCACCAGUGGACCUCCUCUUGGCAAAUCCACAGAGGAAGAGCCUGCUGUAGGUAGUACAUUUGACCAGGAACAUUUAGGACACUAUGCCAAGUUCUUAUGCCAGACCAUAAUAAAGAUGAUAGAGAAAAUAGAUGUGUAUUCAAAUAAUCAAUAAAUAAAAUAAUGUUACUGUA